CUUUUAGCUCCGAUCAAUACAUCGCUUUAUAAAAGGUCUAUCAACAACCGGAAGGAUAUGUGAAUUCUAGGGCCAUGUCAUAUGCUGCUCGAGACCUGGUUCACACUUUCAAAACUAGCUCUGGUGUUCAGCGAACUUGGAAGAUCCCUGGGUUAAAUCGAUGUGAGAGAACAGAGAUCCUAGUGUGACUUACUAUGACAAAGACUAGAAUCAUAGCGGCCAUUCGUCCUUGUCAACUUGCCUUGAAACAGAUUUUAAAUGCAAACUAGCAUUGCUCCGUGCUCUGUGCCCUACUGGGGAAAACAUACACCAUUUCACCACCAGACAAAUAGACGGGCAGGCUGACUGAUGAUGAAUAGCUGAAUUCGGGUUUAAUGAGCACCACCAGAAUGAGGUCAUCAGUUACAUGCGGUUUGCCCGUUCAAAGAGAGUCCUGAGGCUGAAGACCAUCGACACUUGUUUUGAAGAACUCAAAGACAGCAGGCUGGUGGAGGAGACGUUCACGGUGGAUGAGGUGCGGGAGAUGCUGGAGGGUCUGCAGGCGGUGGUGGGGGGGGAGGUGGAGACGGAGCUGAUCAACACGGCCCACACUAACGUGCUGCUGCUCCGCCAGCUCUUCUCCCAGGCUGACAAGUUCUUCCUGCGGCUGCAGACAGACAUCUCCGAACUGGAGAACAGGGAGCUGCUCGAGAAGGUUGCUGAGUUUGAGAAGACUGACUUUAAAACCACUAACAAGGUGAACCAGGAGAGCAGUAAACCAAGGCUAGUGCCUCUUAACGAAGGGGGUGUGUCAGAGCUUCUGAACAAGGAGAUCACAAGACUACAGGAGGAAAACGAGAAGCUGAAAUCCAGACUGCGGAACCUGGAGUCCCAGGCCAUGAAUGUGUUGGAUGAGAAGACGAGGGCCGAGCGAGCUCUGAAAGACCUGCAGAAGGUCCAGGGAGACCAGCAGGGGGCGACGCGGGAGCAGGAUCUGAGCAGCCUGGAGAGCACGGUGGCGGCCCUGAAGGAGGACUACGAGCGCACGCUCAACGUGAACGCCGCCUCUCAGAAGGACCUGCAGCAGAACCUGGUGUCGGCCAAACACGACCUGCUGCGUGUCCAGGAGCAGCUCGCCAUGGCCGAGAAGGAGCUGGACAAGAAGUUCCAGCAGACUGCCGCCUACCGCAACAUGAAGGAGAUCCUGACCAAGAAGAACGAGCAGAUCAAAGAGAUCAGGAAACGACUGCAGAGGUACGAAGGCCAAUCAGAUGCAGCCAUACCUGAACCUGACACGGAAACUGCUACAGCCUAGCUAGCAUGACGCUAAUAUCAUGCAAGAUCGCUAGGUUGUACAUGGUCAUCUUUGUCUCUCUGUGUGUCGUAAAGGUACGAGUCGGACGAAUGAGAUGCUGUUCCCCCCCUACGCAACCGACGUAGUACAACAACGGAAAACGAUGAAGGCGAGCGAGGACCAAUUUUUCUUUGAUAAAUGUCCUUACCACGCGGAACGUCUUAAAGACAAGCCCCCACUUGAUCCAGCACCUCGCCACGCAGAGACCCAAUGACAUGAAAAGAGAGAGCGAUCCUCAACAUCAUUUCUGUUUUGUCACGCUUUUACCAGAAUUCUGUAGGCUUCAGUAUAGAGAAUCUCACGUGGGUUUGGUUUGGGUUGGGUGUAGGCUAGCUUUAACUAGGUCUAUUUGGUAGAACUAAUGAAAUGAAAACCAGGCCAUCCCCUGAUUGAGAUCCUUCCUCCUAGUGUUGGGUUAGAAUAAAUCUCCUUGUUCCAGAUUCAUUCUUAGUUCCCAUUCCCGCCACAAGUACACAUGCCCCCAUCAGUGGUCUAUGCAAAUAACCCUUCCCUUUGUCCUCUCCCUGGUCUUAAUCUGGAUUAUUCUAGAUUAGUAAUCCAUAUAUUAAUCCAGAUCGUUCUGUCCUUUUGAAGGAGGCCUUUGUGUGUUUUAUGUGUCUGCGUGAUAGGUCGUAAGGGUGUAGAGAGGGGAUAGUUCACCCUCUCACCACUAGGGGGUGGCAUUACUGCCUGUACUGCUAUAACGAAUGCGUUCAGAUAUCAGAUUUGCAUUUCGAAUAAAACCCAUAUUCUAUCUCUUCUAUAACACACUCCAGUACAAAACGUUUAGCUUCAUAUAAUAGAGUCCAUCUAGAGAGCUUUUUCAACAGUGGUGUUACAGCUACUAUUUGGAUGUAUCCAUGAAAUGUUUACUUCUAUUUCUUACAUGUUUAUUUUAUGCCCUUCUAUAUAUUGCAUUGUAUAUCAUUAUAAAAAUCGACGUAAGGAACGAUAGUGAUCCUGAAAGUUUGAACUUCAACGUUACCUAGAAGUUAGGAGAGCAUAUGAUAUUUUUAUCCCAAAAAAAAUGUAUCUUGUUAUUCGAAAGUGAGGUAUUUGACCUGAUGAUGUAAUGCUCUUGUGGAGUGUGAUGCAUCCUAGAUCUUUUAUUUAUUUGUAUCAUCUGAAAUCUAGGCUAACCAAGGCUGUAACCAAAUUGGGGAGGAAAAUAAUUUCAAUCAACUAAGUGAUGUGUUUUGUCCAUUUAUUUACUUCAUUAUUGUGUGCAAAUUAUUCUUGCAGAUCAUUUGUCAUACAAGGUUAAAGUAAUGGUAAUGAUAAUAAACCUUUGGGAUC